AUGCCAUACGCUAAUCAACCAAGUGUUCAAGUGACUGAAUUAACUGAAGAUAAUAUAAAAUUUGUUAUUGAAAAUACAGAUUUAAGUGUAGCUAAUGCGAUCCGUCGUGCUAUGAUUGCUGAAACACCAACAAUAGCUAUUGAUUCUGUACAAAUUGAUUCCAAUACAACAGUUUUAUUUGAUGAAUUUCUUGCUCAUCGUAUUGGUUUAAUACCGUUAUAUAGUGAAGAACUUGUUGAUAAAAUGAAUUAUCAUCGUGAUUGUUCAUGUGAAGGUUUUUGUCCACAAUGUUCAGUUGAACUUACACUUGAUGUUACGUCAGCUGAUCUUAUAACAAGUAAUCCACAUUUAGUACCAGUAACAUCAAAAGCUAAAAAUGACGAUGAAGGACGUGAUAAUUUUGUUGAUCAUAUUUUAAUUGUUAAACUUCGUCAAGGUCAAGAACUUCGUUUAAAAGCUCAUGCUAGAAAAGGUUUUGGUAAAGAACAUGCUAAAUGGAUUCCAACUUGUGGUGUUUCAUUUGAAUAUGAUCCAGAUAAUAGUCUUCGUCAUACGAUUUAUCCAGUACCUGAUGAAUGGCCACAUUCAGAACAUUCUGAAUUAUCUGAAGAUAAACAUGAAGCACCAUUCGAUGCAACUAAAGUACCAACUAAAUUCUUUUUUAAUGUUGAAUCAACAGGUGCACUAAAACCAGAAACAAUUCUUUUGUCUUGUUUAAAUGUUCUGAGACAAAAAUUGAGUAAUUUACAAACACUACUUAAACAUGAAACAUUAGAAGGAUUAUAA